AGAUGGAAAAUCUCAUUCCUGUCGUCAAUAAACUACAGGAUGUUUUCGCAACGUUAGGCAGGAAAGAAGAUCAAAUUCAACUUCCACAGAUUGUAGUCGUCGGAUCACAGUCGGCCGGAAAGUCUUCAGUGCUCGAAAAUCUAGUCGGUCGGGAUUUUCUGCCGCGUGGUACUGGAAUUGUCACUCGCAGGCCAUUGAUUCUUCAGUUAAAUCACGUUGCUCUCGAUGAUGAAUCCAAAAGAAGACGGUCAAAUGGAACACUUCUCACAGAUGAUUGGGCAAUGUUCGAACAUACUGGCUCUAAGGUUUUCACAGACUUCGAUGCCGUGCGAAAAGAAAUCGAAGAUGAAACUGAUCGUGUAACUGGAGUGAAUAAAGGAAUCUCUCUUCUUCCAAUCAGUUUGAAAAUUUAUUCCCACAGAGUUGUCUCCCUCUCCCUGGUCGAUCUUCCCGGCAUCACAAAGAUCCCAGUUGGUGAUCAACCAGUCAAUAUUGAAGAGCAAAUCCGUGAAAUGAUUCUUCUCUACAUUUCAAAUCCUUCUUCUAUCAUUCUGGCUGUAACUCCAGCGAACCAGGAUUUCGCUACUUCGGAGCCUAUCAAGUUAGCUAGAGAAGUGGACGCAGGUGGACAAAGAACUCUCGCAGUUCUCACGAAAUUGGAUUUGAUGGAUCAAGGAACUGAUGCGAUGGACGUAUUAAUGGGGAAAGUGAUUCCAGUAAAGUUGGGAAUUAUUGGAGUCGUUAAUCGAUCUCAACAGAAUAUUCUCGACAACAAACUGAUCGUGGAUGCAGUGAAAGAUGAGCAAAGCUUUAUGCAAAAGAAAUAUCCAACAUUAGCUAGCAGAAAUGGAACUCCUUAUUUGGCAAAGAGAUUGAAUAUGCUUCUCAUGCACCAUAUUCGCAACUGUCUUCCUGCACUGAAAGCCCGCGUGUCUAUCAUGAACGCCCAAUGCCAAUCGGAUCUUGUUGCAUUCGGUGAACCAGUUGAAGAUAAGAACAGAACACUUCUUCAAAUCAUAACUCGAUUCGCAACUGCUUAUACAUCAACUAUCGAAGGAACUGCCCGCAAUAUUGAAACAACUGAGCUAUGCGGAGGUGCUCGUAUAUGCUACAUUUUCCACGAUACCUUCGGAAGAUCUUUGGAAUCUGUCAAUCCAUUGGAAAACCUCACACAAUUGGAUAUUUUGACUGCGAUUAGAAACGCGACAGGACCAAGGCCAGCUCUUUUCGUACCAGAAGUCUCAUUUGAAUUGCUUGUCAAGCGACAAAUUCAACGAUUGGAGGAGCCAUCGUUGAGAUGCGUUGAGCUGGUACACGAAGAAAUGCAACGAAUGGUUCAGCAUUGCGGAUUCACUACUCAACAGGAGAUGAUUCGUUUCCCAAGAUUGUACGAUAAAAUCAAUGAGGUCGUUAGUGGAGUUCUGAAAGAGAGGCUGAAGCCCACCAAUGAGCUUGUCGAGAAUCUUGUAGCCAUUGAACUUGCUUACAUUAAUACAAAACAUCCAGAAUUCACAGAAGCCAAUUUGGUGACACUUUUGAAAGAGGAGCUUCUUCUCGACGAUCGGCAUGGUCGCAGUAGAAAUCGACAUGCAUCAACCGGAGAAAGAGCGGUCAGUGCUCAUGGAGAACAGCAGCUACAACCGGUACCAGGAGUUAAUGGUGUCGACUUGAACGCUGUUCUUCAACAACAACAGCAGCAAUCCCAGAACCAACGUGCUUCCAAUGGAUUCCUUGGAUUAUUCGGCAACGCCGCUGCCAGCAGCAAGACGUCCCCACAAGAAAAGCAAUCAGCAAAUUUUUUGCCAGAAGUGCCAGAGACGCAACUAGGAAGAAAGUUGACAAGUCGUGAACAAAGAGAUGUCGCUAUUAUCGAACGGCUUAUUCGAAACUAUUUCAUCAUUGUUCGUAAGAAUAUUCAGGAUAGUGUGCCGAAAGCUAUUAUGGCGUUACUGGUCAAUUUUGUUAGAGACAAUUUGCAAUCGGAGCUCGUUCGUCAGCUGUACAAACCCGACGAGAUGGACGAUUUGUUGGCUGAAACUGAAGACAUGGCUCAGAGAAGAAGAGAUACUCUUGAAACUAUGAAGGCCCUCCAACAAGCCAGCGUGAUCAUCAGCGAAGUGAGAGAAACACAAGUUUGGUGAUAUUCCCAUCAAAUAAUUUCCAGCUGUUUUAACUAUUGCAAUGUAGAUUAGGACGAUUCUAAUUUUAUUUUCACGAUUGAUUCGAUUUAUUGUAUUUUAACUAUUUUUCUUCUUCUCUUCGCCUCGAUGAUAAUUCUAGUUCGGUAACUCCCCCGUUUCUGUAUGAUCUCUAUGCUCCGUUCCCUUUGAUGUUUUCUUUUCAUGAUAAUAUUGUGUGCUCCUUGAAAGAAUCACGGUUUGUUGUAGAUUCUAGUUUUUUUUGUGGCUUUUGAAAAUAUUGGAAACAGAAAGGUGGAUUUAUAUGAAAUUCUUUGAUGAUGCUUG